GGCCAGUUGCUAAUCAGGUUCAUGAUAUUUCUAAAUUCUCAAUUUGAUAUUGAAUUGAUAGAAGGGUUUCACUAUCAAAUUCACUUGUCUGUAUUUGUUCUAAUAUAUUUUUUCUUGGUAAACCUCCAAUUUUCCUCUUCCGUGCAAGCAGUAAUUCAGUCAAGAACUGGCCUGCCCCUCUUUUGAAACAGCGGUCUAUCCCUGCCUCUUCCCGACAGAUUUAAGACCACUACAUACAAAAAGCACUGUGGUUAUCAUACAGCAUCCGCGAUGAUAUGAUAUCAAAAGCGUAUAUAGGCUGAAUUUUCUAUUUUCGCUUUUUUUGUUUUCGGUUUCCGACUUCUUUCUUGUUACCUGAGUCCACUAGAAGAGCUGGCGUAAUAGGCAUAAAACAAACCGCCUGGAUCUCAAUAUCCAAGAAGGAAAACAUGUCAGACGAUGAAGCAGACCCCGAGCUGCUGGAAUUGCUCCGCCAGUCCCUUGGAAUCGGCCGCGCAGCCAAAUCAGGGCCUGCCUUAGACACAAAAGUGCUUGCCAGCGCCCAACAUGUCUUCGACAACUCUAUCGACGUGGCACUGGACCCCUUCAGGACUAAAGCCGCAGCGGAGACCAUCUGGCAGCUGAUGCAGAAGAAGCGGUAUUCGACGAAGAAGUGGGCAGAGCAUGAACUGCACCCGCAGACCAAGGAUGAAAGCACAGUCGAUUUCAUAUUCACGAUGGAUUUGCUGAAUUUUAGCUUCUGGUCGGAUGAGACGGAUGAGUCGAAGCAGUUUGCUAUAGAGUAUCGAGGGAAGAGGUGGAAGGGGUAUUGGAGCCUAGUGGCUGCGUUGCAGAGGGCGCUUGAUGAAGAGAUCCCAAUCACGAGCUCUGAUUUCUGGCAGAACGAAGACGAAUGCACAGACGAAGUUUUGCGCCAUGUCUUCCGAUCCGCGACGGAUGAGGAAAUCCCCAUGUUCAAAGAACGUGUCGAUUGUCUCCGUGAUGCUGGGAAGAUUCUUUAUGAUAAAUACCGCUGCAGCUUCACAACCUGCAUUGAAGAAGCUAACGGCUCUGCUGCAGUCCUCGUGAACCUGCUCGCAGAUAACUUCCCAUGUUUCAGCGACAAGAUGCGGUUCGAGGGGAGGGAAGUACGCUUCUACAAGCGCGCACAGAUCCUCGUCGCAGACCUCUGGGCCUGCUUCCGCGGCAAAUCCUACGGCAAAUUCCACGACAUAGAUAAACUCACCAUGUUCGCAGACUACCGCAUCCCCCAAAUGCUACAUACCCUCGGCUGUCUACUCUACUCCCCUCCACUAGAAACGCACAUCCGCCAACGCAAAGUGUUACCGAGCGGACACAAGUGGGAAACCGAGCUGCGCGGUACAAGCAUCUGGUGCAUAGAGCUGAUCCGCCGAGAGAUCGAGAAGCAGCAUGCCAAAAUGGCACGGCCGGGUACAUACGCGGAACUGACGCCGCAAGCAAUCACGGCGUCCGGGUCAGCGGUGGCGUCUGGAUCUGUUUCUGUGAGAGGUGCUGGAGGGGAGGAGGAUGUGGGGGAUGAUGAGAAGAAGCAGCUGGUGGAGAAGGGCGAUGGCGAGGAUGACGAGGAAGAAGAGGAUGAGGCGUAUCCAUUGGGUGUGAAUGCGGUCUUGAUUGAUUUUCUCCUGUAUGAUACAAUUAAGGAGAUGGAAGGGGAAGGGAAGGAGACUAUCCCGCAUCAUCGGACGAGGAGUAUCUGGUACUGAUUUCCUUGUUGCUGUCGCGCGGAAACAAGCCUUGGUAUCUUCUUCUGCGUGGAAAUCGUUUCAGUUUUACUUUUUAUUUUAAUUUCCGAGUCUAUUAGCGUUUCUUAUGAUGUCGGGGUUUAGAUGGCCGGAUUUGUCUUGACGCAAUCAUGUAGAUAAAACCUUUUAUCUAGACAUGGCAAUUGGAUCAAAGACGGCGUUAUAUGGUUGGUUACCAACUCUUGUUCAAUGUAGUAUAAGUAUGUAAUUUUUGUUCUGAACAUUCUACACGUCUAAGAAAGUCAAGAAGGGGUAUCAAUUCCAUCUAUCAUACAUCAUAUUUAUAAAAGCACACUAGCUCCCACAAACUAACGAAGAUCGCUUCUUCUUAUGCAGAAAUCAUCCCAUUUUCAAUAGCACGUAUCUUUUCCAUAA